UUUUAAUAAGUAGCUGCAAAUGUUUUAUAAAAGGAAAACGUCCAAAAAGAAAAAAACAGAAGACUCAAUUACAACCCCACUCAAUAUUUAUGAAGUGAACGAAGAUCAGCCGAAAACGGAGGAUGAGGAUGAAACUUCGAAAGUAACGGCUUCGCCAGAGCUAUUAAAGGCUAUAGAAGAUGAACUUAAUAAACUAGGUUUAAAGACGGAAACGACUUUAAGUUCUACGGGACGCGGACUUGUUGAUAAAAGGAAAAGUUUAUUGCUGCAAACUAAUCCUGAGGAGUUUGGGAGGCCCACUGUUUUUAAUGCUCCCUUAAAGAAUGUGGCAAAAAGGAUGGAGCUUGAUUACGCCAUCUUUGCUCGAAUGCAAGAAGAAGCCGCAAAGCUUCAAAAAGAAAGAAAAUUGUUAUUUUAUAUAAUAAUAAAAUAUUAUUUAUAUCCGCAUUUAUGA